AUGGAAGUCGUGCUGGGUCCCGGCGACCAAGCUCGAGCAGCCGGAGCGGAGAGGGCAGCCUCCGUCGCCUCGCUAAGGGGGCGGCGAAGGUCCCCCCAACGACACACGAGAACACGACCAUUCGGGGGAACGGGCGGCGAUAGCGCCAUAAUAAUGCAGGAGCUACGCCACAGAGUCCAGAACCUAGAACGACAGCUGGCCGACCGGGAGCGGGAUGGACGGUCUACCGAUCCUAGCUAUACCCCAUCUCCCGGGAGCGAGGAGGAAGACUCUCACCGAAACCGCCCGCGGCGUACAUCCGCAUCCCGGACGGAAGCGGAGAGCACGCGGGAGGAGUCACCCAUAAUGAGAAGACGAAAUGACACGAUCAUCUACUCCCGCGGCGGACCAACCCGCCGAGUGGCAAGAGGUCGUUCCCGCGGCGGACCAACCCGCCGAGCGGCAAGAUGUCGCGAAGACGGGGAAGGGAGAUCCGAGAGAACGCGACAACCUGUGAUAAUGGGCGUCACCCCAUUCCACCGAUCUAUCCUCGAGGUCCGGUUGCCGAAACACUUCGACAAACCAACGGACAUGAGGUACGACGGAACUCAAGACCCUCUAGAACACCUCACGGCCUUUGAGGCCAGGAUGAAUCUGGAGGGAGUUGGGGACGAAGUAAGAUGCCGCGCCUUCCCGGUAACCCUAGCAGGACCAGCGAUCAGAUGGUUUAACGGCCUCCCACAAGGUUCCAUAUACAGUUUCUCAGACAUCAGCCGCGCAUUCCUGGCCCAAUUUACAACGCGGAUCGCGAAGGCCAAGCACCCUAUCAACCUUCUAGGGGUAACCCAGAGACAAGGAGAACCGACGAGGAGGUACUUAGAUCGAUUCAACGACGAAUGCUUGGAAAUCGACGGCUUAACCGACUCGGUGGCCAGUCUCUGCCUGACAAACGGCCUCCUCAACGAGAACUUCCGAAAACACCUUACCACGAAACCGGUUUGGACGAUGCAUGAGAUCCAGACGGUAGCCAAGGAGUAUAUAAACGACGAGGAAGUCAGCCGAGUCGUGGCUGCCAAUAAGCGGCAGUCCGGUUACAACCAAGCUCGGCAACCAGGUGACAGAGAGAGAGCAAAAGAAAAAGCCAGGGAGGAGGCAUCAAACAAGGCAUCGAGACCGUUCCCUCAGGUCGGGAAAUUUACUAACUAUACUCCACUCACUCUCCCCAUCAUGGAAGUCUAUCAGCAAAUAGCGGAGAAGGGAAUCCUACCGAAACCCCGGCCACUUAAGGACCGUACGGGAGGAAAUAAGAACCUCUAUUGUGAUUAUCAUAAGGGUUAUGGCCAUCAAACACAGGAUUGUUUUGACCUGAAGGAUGCACUAGAACAAGCGAUAAGGGAAGGAAAGCUAGCCGCGUUCUCCCACCUCAUCAGGGAGCCGAGAAGACGUUAUCGCGACCAAGACGAAGAAGGCAAAACCCGUUCGGCCAAACGGCGACAAGAACCCGAAGACAGAGACCACGGCCUCACUGUGAUAAACGUGGUAACAGCCAAAAACUCCGCGCCAAAAUCCCGGUCGGCACACAGGAAAGACGCUAAGGUUUUGACGGUCUCAUCCCCGCCGGUGCAAAACUCUAAGAAGCCUCCCUCCAUCUCUUUCGGCCCGGAAGACCAAUGGUUCAACGACGCCCCGGAAAACCCCCCCAUGGUCAUUACGGCCAGAGUGGGAACCGGCCUCGUCAAACGGAUCCUUGUCGACACAGGAGCUGAUUCAAAUAUCAUGUUCCGCAACGUGUUCGACGCACUAGGGCUAAAGGAUGCCGACCUGACGACUCACCAGCACAGGGUUAUCGGGUUGGGCGACCACUUCAUCAAACCGGACGGAGUAAUAUCCCUACCAAUCUCGGUGGGGCAAGCCCAAGGCCGAAGAUCGGCGAUGGCCGAGUUCGCAAUCCUCCGAGAUUCCACCGCCUACAACAUCAUCUUGGGAAGAAAAACAAUCAACGAUUUCGAAGCCAUAAUCAACACAAAGCUGCUAGUCAUGAAGUUCGUUACCGAUGACGGAUCCAUAGGGACCGUAAGGGGAGACCUCGAGACGGCGGUCGCUUGUGACAACGCCAGCCUCUCCCUUAGAAAGAAGUCCAAGGAAGCAUCCGGUGUGUUCCUAGCCGAUCUUGAUGCCAGAGUGGACGACAAGCCGAGGCCAGAACCAGAAGGGGAUCUGGAGAAGUUUAGAAUUGGUGACGACGAGGGAAAGUUCACAUUCGUUAACAAGAACCUCCCACAUGAAUUGAAGGAGCCUUUGAUCGAAAUGAUAAGAGCCAACAAGGACUUGUUCACCUGGACUCCAGCCGACAUGCCGGGCAUAGACCCAAAAAUCAUCUCACAUCAUCUAACCGUCAAGGCGGAAGCACGCCCAGUGGCCCAACGGAGGAGAAAGAUGUCGGCGGAAAGAGCAGAGGAGGUGGCCAGGCAGACGGCCAGCCUCCUAGAAGCAGGCUUCAUACGGGAAGUGGACUACUCGACAUGGCUCUCGAAUGUGGUAUUGGUGAGAAAACACAACGGCAAGUGGAUAAUGUGCGUGGACUAUUCUGACCUUAACAAAGCAUGCCCCAAAGAUUGCUUCCCCCUCCCUAACAUAGACGCACUCGUCGAUGCCGCGGCGGGAUAUCGGUAUCUAAGUUUCAUGGACGCCUACUCCGGUUACAAUCAGAUACUGAUGCACCGUCCUGACGAAGACAAGACGGCGUUCAUAACGCCAGGUGGAACUUUCUGCUAUAAGGUAAUGCCAUUCGGCUUGAAAAAUGCGGGGGCAACAUAUCAAAGGCUGAUGAACAGGAUAUUCCACGACCUCAUAGGGAAAACAGUUAAAGUCUACGUGGACGACAUCCUGGCAAAAACAACACGACCUGACGACCUCUUGAGCGACCUGGCGAGUGUAUUCGCGUCCCUCCGUCAACACGGUAUGAGGCUGAAUCCCCUCAAGUGCGCCUUCGCCGUGGAAGCCGACAAGUUCCUGGGAUUUAUGAUAACUCAGAGAGGGGUAGAAGCUAACCCGGAGAAAUGCCAGGCAAUACUCCAGAUGAAGAGCCCGGGUUGCAUCAAGGACGUCCAGAGGUUGGCAGGGCGGUUGACCUCACUAUCCCGAUUUCUCGGAGCUUCGGCAACAAAAGCCCUGCCAUUCUUUAACCUCAUGAAGAAAGGGAUGGCGUUUGAGUGGACACCCGUAUGUGAAGAGGCCUUUCGGCACUUCAAGGAAAUCCUAGCGGCACCACCCGUCCUCGGGAAGCCAAAGGACGGAGAACCACUAUACCUAUACCUCGCCAUAACGAGUGAAGCCCUGGCCGCAGUUCUGGUACGGGAGGACGGAAAAGCUCAACAGCCAGUCUAUUUCAUAAGCAGGGCCUUGCAAAGGGCAGAAUUAAGGUAUAGCAAGUUGGAAAAGCUAGCGUUAGCACUUCUAACUUCCUCACGAAGGUUAAAACAGUACUUCCAGAGUCACCAAGUUGUCGUCAGAACAGACCAAGGGAUCCGGCAAGUACUCCAAAAACCCGAUCUGGCGGGAAGAAUGAUGACUUGGUCCAUCGAACUCUCCCAGUAUGACAUACGGUACGAGCCCCGGCAAGCCAUCAAGGCGCAGGUGAUGGCGGAUUUUCUAGUAGAAGUAACGGGAGACCCAAGCGAAGAAGUGAGUACACGGUGGAAGCUCCAUGUGGACGGAGCCUCCAACCAGACCUUCGGAGGUGCCGGGAUCAUCCUGGAAAGCCCGAUUGGGGUUGUAUACGAACAGUCGGUCAGAUUCGAGUUUCCCGUCUCGAACAACCAGGCGGAAUAUGAAGCCCUUAUAGGAGGCUUAACCCUAGCAGCAGAAGUCGGCGCAAGAAGACUAGAAAUAUGCAGCGAUUCCCAAGUCGUCACCUCCCAAGUAAACGGUAGCUACCAAGCCAAAGACCCUUUGCUACAGAAGUACUUGGAAAAGGUUAAAAGCUUGAGCCAAAAGUUCGAAGAGGUCACGGUCCAGCAUGUACCCAGGGAAAGGAACACACGGGCAGACCUCCUAUCGAAAUUGGCCAGCACGAAGCCAGGGGAGGGGAACCGGUCUCUCAUCCAAGGCAUGACCAGAGAACCAGCAAUCACACUGCACAUGACAAGCCUAGGUUCUUCAUGGCUAGACCCUAUCACCGACUUCCUAGAACACGGCAAACUCCCUAGUGAUGAAAAGGACGCGGCGAAAUUGAGAAGGGAAGUGGCCAAAUAUGCCGUCAUCCAAGGACAGUUGUUCAAGAAAGGGCUCAACCAACCCCUACUGAAGUGCCUACACCCCGACCAGACAGACUACGUCCUCAGGGAAGUCCAUGAGGGCUGCUGUGGGCACCACAUCGAAGGCAAGGCCCUAGCGAGGAAACUAAUCCGAGCCGGAUACUAUUGGCCGUCGAUGAUGGCGGACUCCAAAGAGUUUGUCAAAAAAUGCGUGAAGUGCCAACAGAACGCCAACUUUGCCAGGGCGUCGGCCUCCGAGUUAAGCUUGCUAACGACCUCCCGGCCGUUCUCUCAAUGGGGAGUCGACCUCUUAGGGCCCUUCCCAGUUGGCCCGGGGCAAGUCAAAUACCUCGUAGUCGCAAUUGACUACUACACCAAAUGGAUAGAAGCCGAACCACUAGCUAGCAUAUCCUCAUCCAAUUGCAGGAAAUUCAUGUGGAGGCAGGUGAUAACGCGAUUCGGGAUACCAGAAGUCGUCAUCUCGGACAACGGCACGCAAUUUACUGACAAAAAGUUCACGGAAUUUCUCAACGGCCUAGGUAUAAGGCAAAGGUUCUCUUCGGUAGAACACCCUCAGACGAACGGACAAGUGGAAUCCGCCAACAAGGUUAUCCUUUCAGGGCUAAAAAAGAGGUUGGACAAUAAAAAGGGUGCUUGGGCCGACGAACUAGCAUCGGUUCUCUGGUCCUACCGAACAACGGAACAAUCCUCCACUAAGGAAACUCCUUUCCGACUAACGUACGGGGUGGACGCAGUAAUACCCGUAGAGAUCGGUGAACCGAGCCCACGGUUACUUUUGAAAGGAGUGGAAGAAACCGUGGAAAAAGACCUGAUAGAUGAAGCCAGGAAAAUGGCCCAUUUGACAGAAACAGCACUAAAACAAAGAAUGGCUCUGCGCUACAACACCAAAGUGCUCAAGAGGGAAUUCGAGCCGAACGACCUCGUCCUGAGGCGAAACGAUAUCGGCUUACCGACCCCCGGAGAAGGCAAGCUAGCGGCGAACUGGGAAGGCCCUUACAGAGUCAAAAAAGUGAUGGGAAAAGGAGCCUUCAAGUUAGAAAGGCUUGACGGCAAAGAAGUCCCGAGAACAUGGAACGCGGACAACCUAAGAAGAUUCUACACCUAG